UCUCCAUAGUGAUGGGGGUUCCCAGUGUGAAGAGGGAGGUUCACUCCUACCUGACCGACACGCUCAGCUCUCUGAUGUCAGAGCUCAGCGCCGCCGAGAAGGACGACUGCGUCAUCGUCGUCCUCAUCGCCGAGGCUGACCAGCAGUACGCCAGCAGUGUAGCAGACAACCUGAAGCACCUUUUUCCAGCAGAGAUUCAGGCGGGUCUGUUGGAAGUCGUCUCUCCGUCCGUCCACUUCUACCCCGACUUCUCCCGCCUCCGAGAAUCCUUCGGAGACCCCAAAGAGAGAGUCAGGU